UACAAGGCUUUUGUAUUAUUUCUCUCUGAUGCCAGGAUAUAAGUAAUAUAUUCCAGAAUGGCAGCAGGACUAGGUCUCUACAUGAACACUAUCAGAAAGGCAAACGGCAUGACUGUUUUAUGAGGGGUGGCCACUGCUUCGUCUCCAGGCAUGUGCUAAGGACUAGCAAGGUUCUUUUUCAGCCAUUAUUCUUGCCAAAGAGAGAAAGGAGUGAGAGAGAAUUUCCCUCUCUAAUCAUGUGCAAAGUGCUAGUGAAUGCGUAACUCGUUCAUAGACGCCAACUACCUUCAGCGACUAUUGAAGAUAGCAUCUUCUGUUCCCUGGGAGUUUUUCUUAAGAGCUUCGACGCUCGUUCUGAACGUUAAAACGCAUCGCUUGCGGUAAGGUUUUGGAAACAUAAGGACUGGCGUGCUCAGAACACCUGUGUGUAAGCGUUAACUGGGGAGGAAGUAUAUUUCGUCAACUGGAGGCGCGCACAGCAUAUGGAUGUGUGAGAAACUGCUACUGUUAAGUGUAUCUUUUUUUAUUUGAAAGAUUCUUUCUUGCUGAUAUGAAAGAUAAGGGGCAUAUCAUAUGUUUCGAAAACCGCUUCGCAAGUGAUGAUUAUUGACGUUUCUAAACGUUAAAACACAGUUUCUGAAUUGCAGUUCACACGCAGCCAACCGUGGGCGAAGCUAACCAGUAAAAACCCUACGGAUAAUAAGGGUUUUCGAGAGCUAGUGAAUGGGGUGUGUUUGUUGAAAGUUUGUGUUUGAUUCAUUGUUUCCUGUGAAAGGUUGUGUUUCGUGGCUGAAGCGGUAACAAUUUGACUUCUAUAAUAUAAGACAGCCGUCGGAGGACAUGGGCCAAAGGAAAAAGAGUGAAUAACUGAAAAAGGAGAAAGAAAAACAGGGGCCAUUGGAAGCCACAGGCAUGCAAAACAAAAGUUUCUAAAGUGAAAGGCUUAACUAUUUCCGGAUCAUAGUGUAAGGGGAGGAGACAAAACAGCUCUAUUGUUUUUUGGUGGGAGGACAAACAUUCUACACCAUUUAUACUGUUCUAUAAAUUAAAAGAGGGUGUGGGUAUUUUUCAGGCAGACUAUUUUUAGUUUCCAACACACUUUAAGGACCAAAAAGCCAAACAAAUGAUUAAAUGAGAAGACAGAGAACCUUCAAAUAUUAAACUCUGAACAGCGGAGCACAAAAGAAAGUCAGAAAGUUUAGACGGCAGCUACUGAAAGCUUUGGCUGUCUCCCAUUCCUUCUGUGGUCUGCUAAUCAAACAAUGGCCAUGGUGAGUGGGGGCUGGGGAGAUCCCAACGGGGGCACCAACGGGCUGGGGGACAAGGGCUAUCUGAGGGGAGAGGAGGAGGACGGUUCGCCACAGGCAGGGGGCAGUGACAUGGAGGCUGGGGACGAGGACAAGGCAUGUGUGGUGGACUGUGUGGUGUGUGGGGACAAGUCCAGUGGGAAGCACUACGGUGUGUUCACCUGCGAGGGCUGCAAGAGCUUCUUCAAGAGAAGCAUCCGUCGCAACCUCAACUAUACCUGCAGGUCAAAUCGAGAGUGCCAGAUCGACCAACAUCAUCGUAACCAGUGCCAGUACUGUCGCCUGGAGAAGUGCUUUCGUGUAGGAAUGCGCAAAGAAGUUCAGCGCGGACGUAUCCCCCCCUCACACUCCAGCCUCAGCCCCACGGGCAUCCCAGUAGGUGGCGGUAGUGGCGUAGGAGGGGCUGAUUUCUACAACAACAAUGGUGGGCAGCCCGUGUCAGAGCUAAUCUCCCAGCUGCUGCGUGCCGAGCCCUACCCCAGCAGCCGCUACGGCCACCAGUACAACCAACAGGGCCAGGCCACCGGUGCAGGCGGGGCCGUCAUGGGCAUCGACAACAUCUGCGAGCUGGCAGCUAGGCUGCUCUUCAGCACCAUUGAGUGGGCCAGGAACAUCCCCUACUUCCCAGAGCUGCCUGUGUCAGAGCAGGUAGCUCUCCUCAGGUUGAGCUGGAGCGAGUUGUUCAUCCUGAACGCAGCCCAGUCCGCCCUGCCCCUCCACAUGGCCCCACUGCUGGCCGCUGCGGGUUUCCACUCCUCACCCAUGUCGGCCGAGCGGGUGGUGUCCUUCAUGGACCAGGUGAGGGUGUUCCAGAACCAGGUGGAAAAGCUGAGCCGGCUCCAGGUGGACUCUGCCGAGUACAGCUGUCUUAAGGCCAUCGUCCUCUUCUCGCCAGAUGCGUGUGGCCUGACAGACCCAGCCCAUGUGGAGUCUCUGCAGGAGAAGGCCCAGGUGGCUCUGACAGAGUACGAGCGGAUGCAGUACCCAGGUCAGCCCCAGCGCUUCGGCCGCCUGCUCCUCCGCCUGCCCGCUCUCCGCGCGGUGCCCGCCAACCUCAUCUCCCAGCUCUUCUUCAUGCGUCUGGUGGGCAAGACGCCCAUCGAGACUCUCAUCCGCGACAUGCAGCUCUCCGGAAGCUCUAUCAGCUGGCCCUACGUCCCUGGACAGUAACCCCGAAAUGAAGUCUCCGUCUGUGCAGUGACGGCAAGGACCACAGGUUCCUCUGACUCAUCCAUCUGUGUGAUCAAAUGCUAGCACCAGCUGGACAUCAUACAAGUUGCACUGCCUCCAUGAACUGAGCUCUCCAUACCAGCCUAGCGCCAGCUCGGUCUAUUGCCAGCACACUGGUGCCAACACACCUACUGUGCGCCAUUAUGGCAACCUGAGUCAGCUAUGCCAUCCGCAUGCCAUAGUGACUUACAUACACACAUUAAUGUCCUGCCAAUAGAGGUCACUGGAACCAUGCCUCAUUUUCCACAUCUCAUUGCCUUUGGUGCAAAGACUUUCAACAUCAACAUCAAACCAAGACGGAGAUCACUCUUGGUGAAAUUCUGGAGAAUUCUGGUAGAAAAGCUUUAUAUAUGCAAACACAGAAGUGGUAGAGGAAAUGGAACUGGGACAAGACUUUUCACCCGAAUCUUCAUCGUCCACUGAAAUUUCACUCAAAACGUAAUUGUCCUUAAAGCUAGAAUCCUUACUUGCUACAUCCAUUUUUGGACUUAUAAAUGAAUUAUAUAUACCCAUUUAUUAUUGAAGAAUAUAACUUAUAAAUAACUUAUAGUCUCAAACCAUCGUUUAAACUACAUUGUUAAAUGUACCUACAGUAUCUCCAAGCCCAUUCCGCAGCUUUUUACCAAAACAGAGGCGGGGUGGCUGCUUUGUUAUUGUUUCAAUUAAGGAUUCUAGCUUUAAAGAGGUUAUAGAUAUGACAUUUGAACUACUAAAUCAGCCAGGCAGAUAAAGUGGAGAGACUUACAGAGGGACUCAAUGAUAGUUUCCAUGUACCACUCAUAGGGCUCUUACUUGUUGUACUGGGCAACUUUUCAAACUCCACAGUCACACAAAUAUUGAUCGAUACCUCACAAGACAGCAGAAUGCCAUGGACGGAUUUCUUCUAAAGGCAACCUCUCUGUCAUUGUAUAGUUGUUCACCACAGACUGCCUUCUUUUCAACAACUGCCUUUUCAAUAUGAAUUCGGACACUGCAGUGUGAGUAGAUCAUUCAACUGGACAUAUUCUUUAAGAUUAACACAGUUUUUUUUUUAAUACGGACUGAUAUUUAAACUACACCUGAAGAUGAUGAAUGCAGCUGAUGUGAGUGACAGGCUGAUUGUUGAAACAAGGCUGUUCUCAAGUGACAAAAAAAGUAUUUAAUCAAAAAGGUUGUGGCCAAAUGGUUUCCCUGUGACAUAUCACCAUGCUGAAAGGUUGUGGCCAAACGGUUCACCUAUGACCUGCUGGUAGUUGGUACUUUCAAAAUGCAGAGAAAUCGCAUCAAAACUCAUUUUAAGUGUUAAGAAGUGUAUAUACUGUAGAUUUAGGGAACCAAAGGUUGUCCUGCUGCAUGUCACAAUUUAGUUAUUGAUCUGUGUUUCAUCUCUACGAAAUGGGAUUAGAAGGUAAAGUUAUUUUUUUAAAUGUUGAGUUCACAGUUUCUUUUUUAAAACAUGAACAUUUUCAUGUGAAAAUACCUCUACCAUUCCUCGAGAUGUGUCAAAAAGAUGCGAUUCUCCAUAGCGGUGAAAAUGACACUACACUGGUGCAGAACAAGAGGCUACCCCUGAGCCAAUUGUGUUGCCACCACAAAGCAAUGCAUUCCACUAGCUCAAUGCAGAACACUUAGGCAAUAUGGGAGUUUGUUGUCAUGGCUGUUUGGUGAUGUGACUGCUGCAGCCAAAAUGACAAGGUGAGUGUGUGGAUCGUUUCUUUCCUUAGUUGUGUCAGUUACCGCCAUAAGAAUGUCAGUUAGAUGUGGGCAAUAUGUUUUGUACUCAGAAGCUAAUAAGAGAGGAAAUUAGUAAUUUGUAUAUACACUAGAUGAGUUUUGGGGUGAUGUGUUGAAGCCACCGUGCCUCCAUCUUGGCACUCCCCCACCUUGUAAAAAAUGUUUUGGAAGCUAUAGAAAUGCAUUUAUUAAUGUCUACGUUCGUUUUUGCCACAUUGAUUCUAUUUCUGACACCUUAAUUCAUGCGUUUAAAUUAUAUUAUGUGAGGUAAGCAAAAAUAAAAAAUGGAAAAAAUAUAUCAA